GGGAGAAACUAAUUACACAAAUGAGCAAAAAUUAGUCUUCGACACAAACGGCACACAAAUCAAAGAAAAUGGUAUACGCAAGCGGCAAGAAUCACCUAUCCAAAACGACAUAAUUUGCAGAAUUGCACCAAUAAUCUCUCCUCUUCAAUCAUUCUCCACGUCUUCCUUCAUCAAUCCAUGGAAUCCAACCUCUUCUACUAACUACUAACAAUCUCUCUCCUCCAAAACAAAGAAGAUGAAUCACACUCAUCAUCACCAACACUAAAACAACAACAACAUCACAAAAACCAAGCUCAAACACCAUAAUAAUGGACGCCAAAACCAAAAACAAAAGAGACUUCCUGAACCAUCUAGAAGUUUACCUCUCAAAACGAGAUGGUGUCGAUAAACUCCUCAAAAUCUCACGAUACGCCUCAAAAUUCAUUAUCUCUUCCUCAAUCCUCCCCCACGCGCACCCCCUCACGCGCCGCCUCAAAUCCUUCGAGUCAAGCGUCGGUCUGAGCCGGAAAGCCUUUCGUCUCGGAAAAUUCAUCCAAGAUGUUAACGCGCUUCGUUCGGCGGCGCGUGAAGAAAAUCGCAGCCGUCUAUUUUAUAUUCUCUCUCUUAUAUCGUAUGGUGGAGAAGGAAUCUACUACUUCGUUGAACAAAUCGUGUGGUUGUCGAAAUCUGGCCUUAUACACGCGCGACACGCGAGUGAGCUUCAGAAAAUCAGCGCGUGGUCGGAGUUUGUAGGUUAUUUAGGGAGUAUUUCGUUGAAGGUUGAAGAUUUGAAGGAAUUGGAUGAGAAAUUGAAGUGUUUGUGUUCGAGUAUUGAGAUUGCGGUGGUACGAGAUGAGAAUUGUGAGGAGGAGAGAGAAAAAGUGAAGGUUGUGAGGUUGAAGAUGAUGAUGAAGAAGUUGUCGAUUUUGCAGGAUUUUGCGGAUGGAUUAAUGGCUUUAGCUGAUAUUCGUGAUGGUAAAGGGAAGGUUUUUUCGCCGUUUGUGCUUUCUUGUGCUGGUUUAUUGUCUGCGUUAAUUAGCACGCAUAAGAAUUGGAUUUCAUGUUGAAGUUCUUUUUUUUUAUUCAAGGUGUUAUUGAUUUUGUUUAUGCUGGAUCGUGAAUUUAUUGAUGUUGAAUUUGUUGAAAAUUGAUGAAUAAUGAGAAGUUAUUGGUUUCCAAUGAUGAUGUAUUUAAGUGUAAUAAUGUUGAACACUGGAAAUGAAUUGAAUACAGACAGUUUGGUGCUUUUGUGCAA